AUGCAUAUUCAUAAGCCUGCCCAGUGUAUGCCGUUACUCUCGGACAUCAUCGCUAAUCGAGCUCAUCCAGACAGAUCUAUUGACAUUGCUGGCAAGCAUACAAUCAUCGUGUUCCAGGAAACGCGAGCGGUCGGGCUCGACAUGACUCCAACUAAUAACACGGCGAACUCUCGCAUAAAAUGGGGUCUGAAACGUCUGAUAAGCCAAUCCAGCUUCCAGAGGUUCAAGAACUCUUCGUUAGCUUCGAGGAGGUACUGGGGCCAGUUCUGCAGGAGUACCUCUAUCCACGGGAUGCGGUACCUGGCUGAGCCUAACAGGUCUUGGAUAGAGAGGUUUUGGUGGAUAUCCGUGGUGUUUCUGGGUUUCUUCACUGCUGCUUAUUACGUUUCCAGACAGUUCGUAAAGUGGUCACAGACGGCCAUCGAGGUGGACAGCUAUCAGGAACAUGAGGAUUUGUUGAAGAUACCUUUUCCUGCGUUCACCAUUUGUGACAACAGGAAGAUCAUUUACACAAAUGAUACUACGGACAAUUUAUUAACCAGCCAUGGCCAUCAUGGCAGAUCGUCCGACUGGAACAUAGAAACUGGUUAUGUUACAAAAGCCCCUAUGUUUGAUGAUAAUGCUUCAGAAGCCGUCAAGACAGGACCAUUCCCCAAGAGGGCUAAGAACGCUGUGAUGUUGAGUAUCUUUCAUGAGAUAGACACGUUGCCAGGUUAUUGUGCCGGAAAGUCUGAUGGUUUCAAAGAAGAUAAAGGAACAGUUGACAAAUAUAUUGAUAUUCCAGCUUAUGCAUGGGACCACGAUGAGACGAAUACAUCAAAGAUAUGUACAGGAGAUUAUGCUAUGAGGUGUAUCCACCACGCUUUUGAUUUAUGGGAUAAGAACAAACACGAGUGCCGAUGCUUUCCGACAUGCACCGCCUUGGAAUACGACUCAAAGACGUGGUACAACGUCAGGCCUAUAGAGAACGAAAGAGCGAGCCAGGGGAUGAACAAGACCGUCAUUGUUGUGUACUCAACGGACGCUGAUUAUAUUAAGAGCGAGAGGAGAGCGACCUACAGCCUUGUGGACUUUAUAGUUCGGGAUACUGACGAACCUCAAGAAAAACGAUGGAACGAAUUUUAA